GCUGUAUGUGAAAGUGAAAGUACAAGAGAGAAACCAAGAAAGCUGCUUCAUGCCGGAGCAGCAGACAGAAACUCUGCUUUUCCAACUCUGAUCAAGCGAUUGAAAAGGCGAUAGUUCUAUUCCUGGCUCAAGGGCACGUGUGUUUCCAGCAGCAUGCCGGGCACUCAGCUGUAUCUGGAGGCCCUGUCUGCCCUCUCGGGCUGCAACGUCCAGCUCACCAGCGGGAACUCCCAGCUCACGUCGCAGGACUUUGUCAACAUAGUGGCCCUGCGGGAGUUUUACAAGCAGGAGGGCCUGACGGAGCUGGAGUACCCGAGUCUGGGGACCCUGUCCCUGCAGGAAAUAGACGACCUGGACAGCAAGGACAUGUACAGUUCCCCACUGGCUCUCACUGCACCCGAGAGGAAACCUGCAAGUGCAACCACCGUCAAGAUCAACCCUGCAGACUUCUUCGAUCCUGCCUACAACUAUGACUUUACCAACAUAAAGGAUGGAAGUGCAAAGUUCCUGCGCGGCGACGAGCCCUACGUCCGUCCCUGCGGGUGGAACCGGGUCGCCCUGCGGGUCAUCAAGAAGUACGAGGACGGGGAGAAGUGGCUGGGGACGGGGAAGGACGCCUGGCCCGUCUCCUACCACGGACACAACAUGGACGGCUCCCUGGGCAUCAUCCUCACCCACCAGGGAGACCCGGAGGACCAGCCCAGCUUCCUGGAGGCCGGGGCCAGCUUUCUCCUCAGCGAGGAGACCCGGGGCAAGGGCGUUUACUCCACACCGGAGAUCAAGACGGCAGAGAAAUACUGCAAAACCUUCAAGUCCAAGGCGGACGGGAAGACGUACAAAGUGGUUCUGCAGAACCGCAUCAACCCAGAGAAAAGGGUGAAGUGCCAGAGGAAAGAUAUCUGGAUGGUUUACAUCCCCGACGGCUCCACUGAAGCCCAGAAGAGGGUGAUCGUGCAGGAAUCCAUCCGUCCCUACGGGCUGCUGCUGAAGCAGGCGUGAGCCGCCGCCCAGGACGAU